UGGUGGUGGUGAUGGUGAUGGUGAUGGUGGUGGUGACGUCAACGAUGAAGAUAAUGGUAAUAUCGUUAAUGAUAAUGACGAUAUAGAUAAAAAUAAUAAAAAUGAUCCGAAUCACAUUUUUAUUACCGUCAGUCACAUCAUAUUUCUUUAAAAUCAUUUAUAUUAUCAUCGUCAUCAUCAUUCCACCGUCAUUGCGAAAACUCUCAGAAUAAAUCACAGCAAAAUAAAUAUACAAAACUUUGAAAAUUCUUCCUUUGGUCAUCAUCUCAUAAGCAUAAUUUCCCAAUAUCCAUUAAUUUAUUUCCAUAUUCCCAUGAAUAAUUUUCCAACCAUCAUUACUUUGCUUAUAUCAUAUUCAAAUAUAUUCCCCGCGAUAUUUAUAUUUUCAUCCUUAUAAUUUAUAUUUUUAUAAUCCCUACGGCAUAUACUUUCAAUGUUUAUCAUUUUUUCCCAAAUGUUCCUCUCGAAAUAUACAUUCAUACUAUUAUUUUUUUUUUUCAAGUAUACCCCACUCGAUAAAUAUUUUAAUAUCCACAUAACCCUAUUUUUUUAUAUAUCGUGAAUUCAGACACACGCAAUAUGACACUACUGCAGUGAUGAUACAGCCCCGGAGAGAACACAGACAACACAGUCAGAAUACAGACCAUAAAACAAGUCCCUGGGUCCAGUUACUGCUUACAAAGGCUGUCUGACCUGGAUUAUAAGUUUCAUUUCGCUUCUAUUUGCAUUUUUAUAUUUCUAUGUCAUUGCUUAUCUGUUUCUGAACUGUUUAUGGUUAUUACCUAGGAGUUCCCUCUCCGAGUAUUUAUUACGAAUCGGUGGUUACAGGACUUGAUUGUAAUUUGUUAACUUUAACGGGGUAUAUCUCUAAAAUUAAUAUAUGUUAGGUUCGAUAGAAAGAAAUCAGAGCAUAUCUUUAAUCGGAGCCUCGAGGGAGAAGGACGCAGUGUUUUCGUGUCUUAAAAUAUAACAAUUGUAAGACCGGUAACUUAAUUCCCAACACAGUUUAAACUUCUUUAUUUCUAGCACAAGCUUCCUGUCUUUAACCGCGAAACACAGAGCUACAGCAAAAUCUAAUAAGCUUGUUAAAGCACGAAGUUUGAGACAUAAUUCGGGACUGCCUGACCACGAGACGAGAUAAACAAGAGGUGCUGACGCAGAGCAGGAGAGACGGCCGUCAUUAAAAAACAUGAAAAUAAACAGCAUAAACACUAGGUCUACACAAACACAACAAACAGAAGGGGCUACAUAACCGGAACGAGUAAUGGGACUACUAUUAAGGAUCGACAAACUAUUAAAUACAACCACACAACCAACAGACGGAGUGGCGUGUCCGGCCACAGAGGGAAAAUGCACGACGCAGCUGAUGAGACUACCAACCUCAGCUACGUUACUUCAUAGCCAGCAAACGCAACAGCACAGAGACCUUGGCUAACAUCCCUGACGAAGCACAGAUGCCAGAGAGAAAAAAGAGCAAAGGCUACAAAACUCAAGCACAAGAACACAAAAGGGUAUACUCGUUCACAAGAGAUUUGGCAACAGCCAGAUCUAAAUAUAAAAAGUGUAUAAGAAAACACUCACAUGACUGCAUAAAACGAGCAAAUGUAACAAAACGUGUUGAGCAAAAUAGUGAAUGACGGAACAUUAACAGAUAAGACUACUAAAGUACUUACAGUACUCGGAAAGAGAACGUAAUUGAUAACUAUGGAAUCUUUCGAUGAAGUACGAAAAACGAAAAUAUUCUUCGAUUUCCCUCGUGUUCGACUACAUCAUAGAGUUCUAAUAAACUUUACAUAUGCGUGUAUGUAUGGGUGCGUGUGUUCGCACAUUUCCCCAAGAACACGGUAACCUCGCAUAAUGCCCCAAAAUAAAUAAAACAGAACUCGCUCUAAUCUAGUCUCCCUCUGCCAGCACUCUCCACCACCAACAAAAAUCCCCGUCAAGAACUACCAGUCCUCCUCUACUACCAUCAGUUCCCCCUUGACCUCCCCUACCUCCACCCCCAUCCACCUGCAGCAGACCCCUUCCUCAAUUCCGAUUUCACAUCACAGUGCAGAUUGUCGCCACCCUCUAUCACUCAAUUAAUCAAGACUACAAAGUCCGACCCCUCGUGACUGCAGCCUGUGCUAGUCCAUUGAUUAAAGGGCCCCUGACCAUUCUACGAAGCAGCAAGGAGGCGACGGCCGCACCACUAGCACUCAAGGAUCACCUUUAAAUAAGGGUCAAAGGACAUCUACCAAAGUGCUUUACGUCCCUUCGUCACAGCGGCGAAUUAGGUGGCAGGUCUUGCUUCCACUCGGGAGUACUUGAGGAAUCCGUCACGAAGGAGUUAAAAGAAAAAACACAACGCUCGUGUUCCUCCUCCCCGGCUUGUGUGUGAACAAGUCUCCAAAAUGUUAUCUGCGUCAAUUCAUACGUCGGCGAAAAAUCGAAAAGUAACGCCUUUACGUCCCAGGAGUGUAUUUAACUUUAUUGUUACGUCGCUCACUCGUCAUCGGCGUUUAGAUUCUGGCUCACCGUAAGACGGGGAUGAGAACGCCAAAGACAGAGUUCAACGGAGUGGCAUCAAGACUGGCUGGCACGCAUUGGUGGAACACUGGAAAACGCAUUAUGUCACGCAGCAGCAGCAGACUGUGCAGUACGAGACGCAAGGUUUACGUCACACGGACACAGCACACUGUGCAGUGCUUGAAGCGUUUGGGAUCCACUGUUCGGAGCGAGACCUGCGUGGCUAUGUUACAAAAUUCCAAGCAAACCUCCAUCAGAGAAUUUUGAAAACACCUUCAAAUUUCUCUUCCUUUCGAACUCAAUUUUAAAGGAGGGUAGUGUCCACACAGGACACCUGGGGUGCAAACAAAACCAUUUAUCAACAGACAUUCAUUAGCGACUUGUUCCCUUUAAUUGUAUAACAUGAGUGCAUCGAGUGUCCUGCCCGUAACUAGCGCCCACGAACCUCCUCUCGGGACGGCUGUCAUCGGUCUACUGGCCGUUUCCCUGAGCAGAACCUCCAGCCGCCCGCGCUCUCGGGUUCCCUCGCCUCUGAGUGGUCGCGGAGGCUCACAAAAUGGCGGACACUCGCGCAUGCGCACUGGCGGGCUCUCGUGUUCUGUCAUAAUGGCACGGUCGGCCUCCUCUCGUCGCUAUGAAAAUCACGAAGAAACUCCUGCCUCUGAAGGCCCAUUAUUUCUUCUUCCUUGGGUGCAUGUCCCCCGUCCUUCCCUUCCUGAUGGUGGUGGCGCUGCAGCUCGGGAUCCCAGUGUCGGUACAAGGAACCAUGUCCGCCACGUCCCUCCUCCUGACGGUGCUGGGCAAGCCUCUCAUCGCCGCCCUGGCCGACUGCUUCCCCAGCUUCCGUAAAGCUAUCUUCCUCGUCGUCAUCACCAUCAUGGUCAUGUCCUACAGCUGCGUUAGGUUCAUUCCCCCGAUGAAAGAUCCUCCGGUCCUGCGGGGGAGGUUCGUUUUCGCUCCCGCUGGCCACCCUGGGAAGCCUUCUGCGUCUCCUUCUUCGUCUGGUUCUCUCUCUGUCUCUCCUUCGUCGCUGGUACUGACGUCGGGAAGCCAGGUCGAGUCAGGUCAAGAGGUCGUCGAAGGUGCACAGCCAAUGCUCGUGACUCAGGAUGACGGCGGGUGUUUCAUCGCCAUGUCCUGGGACUGCAUAGCGACGUGCACGCAGCCCUGGGCAUGUCUCAACAGCAACAUGACCUCUGGCACUGACCUGAAGGCGACCCAUGUGCCCAGUGAUCUCGGCGACGCAGCGGAGGACGGAGGCGAGGCGGAGGGCGUUGUGUCUGAAGGGAGCUGGCUGGUGACGGCGCCCAACGCCCGCUUCUACAGGCUCGAGGGCUCGGACGUACCGCCGGGGGAACUUGUGGAUGUGAAUAUUACGUUGGAGUGUACAGGCGGGGAGUGGGAGGGAGACGCCUGCAUAUCAGCGUGGAAUUAUGCGGAGUUUUGGCUGUAUUUUCUCCUCUUGAUCGUUGGUCAGCUGUGCUUCAACACCGCGAACUCCAUCACAGACGCCAUUGCUGUUGAUUCAGUGGGUGAAGGCGGGGCGUUUGGAGUGCAGCGAGCGUGGGGAACCGUCGGAUGGGGGUUAAUGGGUCCCAUUAGCGGCUACCUCAUCGACUGGUGGUCCGGAUCGUCCCUUACCAAAGACUACACACCUGCUUUCCUUUUAGUGUUCUUGCUGGGCUCCAUUGACAUCCUCCUGUCGGCUGCCACGCUGAAGGUCCCAGAAAUGAAGUCAGACAACGCGAUGCUGAAGAAUCUACGACCUCUUCUAGGUGAUGUCCGGUUCUUCCUCUUCUGUUGCUUCGUCAUCAUGAACGGAUGUUUUGACGGCAUCGUGGCAAAUUUUAUAUUCAUCAUGCAAGAGGACAUGAGUCGAGGAACGUCGGCAAUGAGUUACAUGAAGUUCCUGCAAGGAUUCACGCUCUUCGUCCAGUGUGCCAUCGAGGCGCCGUUCAUGUUCGUUUAUAGUUGGUUCCUCAGGAAGAUGGGGGCGCAGCCAGGCCGCCCUACGGCCUCUGCGGGGGCGACGGCUGCUGGUGAAUUCCUGAACGGUCCUUGCUACGGCCUGGGCUACACCGCCAUCGUCCGUCUACAACGCCUCCAUCCACGAUUCACGCCCUCCGGCACGUCGAAACAGAGCAGAGCGCGUGAAUAUAUGUUAGAGAGUUUCCGUACUGGUUACGCGACGGCGAGUUUGGUGGGCGGCGUGUUGUACCAGCGGUUCGGUGGGCCCAGAAUGUACCUGAUUUUCGGCAGUGUCUCCAUACUGGUCUUCAUGCUGCACGUCUUGUCGCUCAGGUUCCUUCCGCCUCCUGAAGUCCCGACGAACGGGGAGGUGUCACGGGCGAAGAGAGGAGACGCCCUUGACGCGGAGGAGAAGGCGGCCCUCAGCCUCGAGUCGCCGACGGAGAGUGUAAAAGCCUCAGUGUCUAUUAAUGUAAAUGUCCAAGCUAUAUUCUACUCAGGAGCAACUACAAACAAUGACAAGAAAGUAAAGAAAUCUAACCAGCCAGUCGAAAGUCAGAGUUGUAUGUACUACCUGCGCACGAAAGUGAACAGAAGUAACGUGGCACAGUGCCAGGGCCACACACACACUCACGACCACUCCGCCUGCACCGACUUCCCUCCUUCAGCCUACGCGUCCGCCCUGCCCUUCAUGAUGGUCGUGGCGCGCCAGCUGGGCAUCCCGGUGGCGCUGCAGGGGACCAUCACGGCCGCCAUCAUUGCCGCCGCCGUCUUGGCCAAGCCCGUGAUCUCAGCGGCGGCCGACCACCUUCCCUCCCUCAGGAAAGCGAUAUUCCUGGGCCUCCUGGCGAUCAUGGUGACCACGCUGGCGCCCAUCGGGUUCCUGAAGCCGCUGUACCCGGCGCCGGUGUUCCACGGGGAGCUCGGGGCGGUGUCUGCUCAGGGGGAGGCCGAGGAGGAGACGAAGGGGGUUCUGAGGGCGCGGGAUACAGGCACCUGUUAUGUCUCAGCGGCUUGGGACUGUGACGUCACGUGUUUCCCAACCCAGCCAUGCCCUCAAGCCGCUUCUCCCUCUGGCUUUGCGCUCUCGCCCUACCACCACCUGGCUGACGACCCCGAACAAAAGGGCGAGAACGGGACAGACACACUCCAGCAGGAAGGUCGACGCUUCUACGUAACCUCCGGCCUCCAAUUUCCCGCUACUUUCGAAGCAGUCAAUGCCAGUAUACGUUGCAAAGGAGGGGAAUGGCAGGGUCGUGGGUGCCACGCCCCCUGGGAGUCGGGCGAAUUCUGGCUCUUCGUGACUCUCCUGUUGGCGGGGAACGUCGCCGCCUCCACCGUGGAGUCUAUAUCGGAUGCAGUGUGUCUCGAUAUCAUAGGAGAGAACGGCGACUACGGAGGACAGCGGGCAUGGGGCGCUCUAAGCUAUGGCAUCGUGGGUACUCUGAGUGGUAUCCUGGUAGACUGGUAUUCCGGACCUGGCGUGGUAAAGAACUACAUGCCUGCUUUUCUUCUGCUGGUCCUGCUGGGUACUCUCGACGUUUUGCUCUCCUCAGCGACCCUCAAGAUUCCCAAAUUCGAGGGCAGCUCCGCAAUCUGCCGCAACCUGCGCCCUCUCCUCCGCCAGCCCGGGUUCUUCAUCUUCCUGUGUUUUACCUUCCUCAUCGGCUUCUUUGAUGGGCUCGAUACAGGCUAUGUUUUCGUGCUUCAAGAAGACAUAGGUGCCGGGACAAGUUUAGUCCAACACAUGAAAUUCAUCCAAGGUUUAACUUUACUCGUGCAGGCCAUCUCAGCUGCACCAUUUAUGUUCGUCUACGCCAGGGUGGAAUCGAAGCUCGGUCCGGGACACAUCAUCACCCUGGUCUUCCUGCUCUUCAGCCUGCGAUUGGCUGGGCUGGCCACGGCGGGCUUCCUGGGCCAGGUGUGGGCUACUGUGGCCAUGGAGGUGAUUAAUGGCCCUUGCUUUGGUUUGGGGUAUUCGGCCAUUAUCGUCCAGGCAGGGGCCAUCACACCGCCGGGCACUUCAGCUACUGUUCAGAGCCUCGUGGGUAUCUGCUACGGUACCCUAGGGUACGCUGGUGCAAGCUUCGUGGGCGGUGUACUGUACGAUGCAGUGGGCGGCCCCGUGCUCUACCUGUGCAUGGGUGCGGCUGCUGCGCUCACCUGCCUUCUGCACUUCGUGUACAAUAAGUAUAUACCUCAGACAAUAGAGAGGAAAAACGAGGAGUUAGCACUCGAAACAGUUUUAGAAAAAGAAUCGCAUACCGAGUGGAAGGAGGACAUCUUAAAAAGAGAGAAAGAGGAGACGAAGAGAGAAUAGCGAGCGACGAUGAAAAGAGAGGGGAAGCGACAGCCAUGAUAAGAGGGGAAGGAGACACAGACCUCGAUAAUACAGAACUUCAGAUAAGAUAAGGAAAAGCGAUGUAAUCCGACGGUGGAAUAAGACGAGACACGAUUAUUAGAGAGAGAAAUAAGUCUUGUGAGUGUUUUAAGGAUAGGGUAUAGUAAAUUGAGUUGGAUAAAAAUAAAUAAAUGAAGACUUGUUGGUGAAGACAAUUUAGACAGUUUUGUUACUACUUUCUGGUUCUUUACAAAAAUAACUGUUGUAAUGAUCGUUUCUUGUUAGAAAUGGCAAAAAUACUGUGAAUUGUAUAGUAAAGUUUACACAUUUGUGAAUGGAAAAUAAUUUUAAAAAGCAAACCGAAUUACUUGAUAAGAGAGAUGGGACGUGGUGAAUGAGAAAAUGAUAUAUUUCAUCUGUCAGAUAUUAGAAGAUGUGUAAGAAAAUAAAAUAUAUUCUUGCCUUAGAUACAUACAUACCUUCUUACAUACCUUCAAAAGUAUUAUAUCAAAUGUAAUCUAUCAAAUCUAUACACUAUUUAUUCUCAACCCAUAUACCCCUAUUCCCUCCUAUUUCUCUUCCCCUCUCUCCCUCCUCCCUUUCUCUAACCCUCCUUUUCUCCUAUCCCCUCUGUCAUUCUUCCUCGCUUUCCCCUUCCUCUAACCCCCUUUUCCCCUUCCCAUAAGAGAAAAUAAGUGGUAUAAAGGCAUAUAAAAAUGCAUGAAUUACAUAGAUUUCGCAUAAAAUAAUUUCAAUACCAAAAAAUGUACCAACUGUCUGGUUUUUUUUUUCAUACAGUUGAGACAAAAAUUAUCAAAUGCUUUAUCAGCAGAAAAUGUUAAUUCACGGAGUCAAUGUAUUUUAAAACUAGCACAAUUAUGCAUAAAUUACUUUGCAUAAGUUACUGCCUUGUAAUUUUUUACUCUCCAGGCUAGGUUUACCCCCAGUUAAGAAUCACUGAUUUACUGUAUUACAUUUUUAAAAAUGAGGAUUGGCAGGGCAGGAAAACUUUGUAGGGAAAGGUUACUGAAGCAUGGUGGCAGAUCCAGUACAUUAUAUUUUUAUUUAGGAAAUGGGAAAUAAUUUAUAUCAGAUCUUUAUACGAAGUGGAUACUGGAAGUUAUGAAACAGUAUUUAUGUAGUAAACAAGUUGUCUCCUUUUAAAGUGAAGAGAUGAGUUAAGCUUUAUAUAAUAUCUAAUUUCAAUGCUAACAGUAUUUUGGAGAGCUGAUGUGUUUUAAGAUAGCUAUCUCACAUGUGAGUGUUCAAAUAAAUUUAAAAAUUGAACAAUGAAAAUGUACCUGGUGAAUAUUUUCUACUGAUGUUAUUUCUAUUCCCGUUUUCAGUAAUUAUGAUUAGGAGCUAGAAUAUUUUUUUUUAUAUAUCAAACUGAUAGCUAGCACCCUUUCAAAUACUGAUAUACUAUUUCUUAUCACUCUUAACACUCCCUUCAGUAGAUAUGAUAAUAAGUUGAACGUAAUGUAUAACAGAUUUUUAUUCCACUUUCUCAGUGGUGUCAAGAAAACACCUAAUUUUACGUGUGACCACUUAUGAGCUCAAGCUAUUUAAUAUUAUUUCAUUGGCUGUAAUGAACACAAUAAAUGCUUUUAUGCAUUUAAAAAGAUAAUUUACUUAUACAGUGUUUUCUCAUAUCCUGACAAGUCUAUUGUCUGCCCUUGGAGAAGAUAAAGUUAUAGACCCUUGUCCAAUCCACUUUGUCAUGUCACAUAAGAUUCCAUACCAUUUUAACAAGGAUUGAUCCAUCCAGCAAAAAUAGUCCACUUGAUGGUCCAUUCACAAUCAUGGUUGGUACUGAACUGCGGUAUGAGGGCCACACAAGUACCCUGGCCUCUCCUGAUCCUGCUGACCCAGCAUAGAUCACAGUGAUGCCCUCAUUUACAAGAUAUGUAGAUUAUCAUUCUUAAGUUCUUGUAAAACACAAAGCUUAUACCCUCCAUAGAUCAACACCACACUCUAGCUUCAAAAGAAUGUGUUCCCCUGAACUGCCAUUCCAUCUACCAUACCAUAACAUCUACCAUACCAUACAUCUUCUUGGGUCAGGAUUACCUGUAAUAUACCUUUCAAAGACUACUACUGUAAGUCUGGCUGUUGACAAAAGGUAACUAAUGAAAUUAAUUGUAGCUAACAAAAUCUUAUUUAUUAACUACUUUUGUGCUAUUUUUUCUAAUGGACUAACUAAUAGUAUACUACUCUUCAUUAUUGCACUCACCAUUCCAUACAUGAGUGUCCAAGAUGAGGAAAUUUCGAAUUAGUAUGUUGAAUUAUACUUCUUUUAUCUUCCAAAUCUCCUUUGUAAUGUUAAUAAAAUAUAUGAACAAG